AUGAACGACGAAAGUGGAAAAGACGGUAGUUCGCCGGAGUCAGUGAUUGCGCGGUUAUCAUUCGAUAAGAAAAAUGAUAAUGAUAAUGUCAAUGUUGGUGAUGCUACUGAAGAGGAUGCUAAGAGUACUUCGACGAUUACGGAAUUCAAUGUUGAUAGUAUCAAAGAUAACAGAUUUGAUGGGGUUGAAGAUACUGAACUAGAAGUGAGUGCCAAAAAUUAUGGCAUUCCGAUUUUGGAGAAACAAGAAAGCUUUUCGGAGGAAAAGAAAAAGGGGAGGUUGAAGAACCCUUUCAAGGACCGGUUGUUUAAGAGGAAGAAGACUAGGAGCAUUGGGUCUCAACCUUCGAUAGACGAGAAUGAAACAGAGCCUACCAAGAGAACAGUCACCAACAAGUCUGUUGAAUACGACAAACCUAGUCAGGCUCCAGAGCAAAAAUCUCCGUCAACAUCAGGAUCAAAUAUAAUCAAACUAUCAGGAUUAGGAGUAUCAGGUUCAUCAUUCGAAGUCGGCGACGACGAGGAUCAAGAUUCGGAUCAAGUGCCGGUGAAGAAAAUGAUGAAAAAGAAGAAAACUUCGCUGGUUCGCCGACUGAGUUUGAGCAAAUUUCGGCUGAGUUCAACCGAGCAGAUCCCUGAAGUUCGACAAACUCCAGAGGGUGACAGCAGUCGCUCCCAAUCUUCCCAGGAAUCGCCGAGCCAUGAGGACUCCGUUAAGACUAAAUCGGCAUCAUCAGGAUCUGGACCGAUCGCCAAAAAAGGGUACAGUAAGUUCGAGGAUAAAUCCCAUUUGGCUGAAACACAAAAGGGUAGGGAUAAUAAUAAAUCAACGUCGGUGGAGAGGCGCAGUUCGAGCGGUACGUGGGGGCAAAGAGAGAAGGGAUUACCCACGACAACUACAACGAGUGAACAACGUAUAGACGACCCUCAUCGACGACGACAGAAACCAUCUGAGAACUCGUCUACUGACAAAACAGUCACCACUGUUACAACUGUUCUGCAAAGAAGGUCCCCGUCUGUUACCAUAAGGACGAGCUUCAUUGAACCGGAACAAUCUUUAAAAUCAAGUCACUAUUUGAAACUAGACCUUCCACCAGUCGGCCAAGAGUCGCCUCGAUCAAUCUCAACCCUUCCGUCCGAAGUGUCCAAAUGGCCUGAGACAAAAGGACCGCCUAAGAAGCCGAAAUUCCCCGCAAAACUCGACCGAGAGUCAGGAUUGAAAGAGUACAAGCCGGGCGAAUCGCCACCCCUGGAAGCUAAGCGAAAAUUAUCGUUGGUGAAGGAAAAGCGGGCAAUAUUCCAGCGAAAGUACUUCGAAACAUCGGAAGUUGGUUACUCGCAGGACAAUUCAUUGGACACGGUGGUUGGGAAUGUUGGUGCUGGUAUCAGUGACUCACUAACUUUUUCAGAUAAUACAGUCUCUAUUGACAAUGACGACAUAGAUUUAAACAAACGCAAGCCCUCCCGUCAUAUCAGUGUGCGCACAUUUGAUUCAUUUUCGACAACUUUCAAGGAGUCAGUUGAAGAGCAGGAUCCACCAUUUGAAGAAGAUCAGCUGCACAGCAUUGACAUCACUGAUCACAACAACAGAACGCUUGCUUCUCUUGAAGACCAAAACUAUUCUUCGACUCCAAUGGCGGUUAGUAGUGCAGAAAGUAUUGAAAUCCAAAGAAGAUUCAGCGGCGAUACCACGUCGACACACAAUAACGCGCCUAAUAGCGGCGUAACUGAAAAACGUGAGCAUCUAUACAAAAUCCUGGUUAUCGGUGAACUAGGAGCUGGAAAGACAUCAAUCAUCAAAAGAUAUGUCCACCAGUUUUUCUCACAACACUAUCGUGCGACAAUAGGCGUAGAUUUCGCCCUGAAAGUACUCAAUUGGGAUCCAAAUACAAUUAUAAGACUUCAACUAUGGGAUAUUGCCGGCCAAGAAAGAUUUGGAAACAUGACGCGAGUUUAUUACAAAGAAGCCGUAGGUGCCUUUAUCGUAUUCGACGUAACGAGAAGCGCGACAUUGGACGCUGUCGUUAAAUGGAAACAAGACUUAGACUCAAAAGUACAAUUACCCGACGGAUCUCCCAUUCCGUGUGUGUUAUUAGCGAAUAAGUGCGACCAGUCCAAAGAAGGUCUAGCAAAUUCUCCAGGAAAAAUGGACGACUACUGCAAGGAGAAAAAUUUUGUUGGCUGGUUUGAGACUUCCGCUAAAGAGAAUAUUAAUAUCGAAGAAGCAGCGCGUUUCCUCGUCAAUAAAAUUCUUCAAAACGACCAAAUAAUGAAAGGAAACGGAGCUCAAGAUCAAGUUGACGGAGAGCGAUUUGCAUUAAAUCAAUCACCGACUGGUACCAAAAAAUCUUGCGCAUGCUGA